UCAUAUUACCACACAGUGUAGUUAUAAAUUCCCGGUGUAACGUUUUUAGCAUGAUUAUAAUCGCGGAUAUCAGGUAACACAGCUGAAAAUGUUUGCUUUCUAAUGCACAUUUGACGUUAGAGAUGCGUCGAGCAUUAGCAUCUUUUUUUUUGAGGAAUUGUUUGGUUGCAUAAUUUUGGACUUAAAUCACCCGAAAGAAGAGGAUGGACAUCACCUCUGACUGACGACUGUUAUCUAGAACAUGGAGACAGUGUCCAUGGCCCAGCCUGAUCCAGCAGUAUGAUCGGAGCAUCCAGUCUCUCAGGGGACACCCUGAUUGCAUGCCACUUCCCUGUGGUCCAGCUUCCCACUUGGCAACUUCCUGUCCAGGCCCUGUGCAGCUCAGCCAAGAGACCCGGCCGGCUGUGCUCAGUAGGCCUGACCCGAGCCGUGUCCCUCCCAGAGCAAGACUCUCUGAACCGAGAGCAUGUCUUCACCUGUGGACGAAGACAUUUUUCCAGCAGCUACGGUAGCCUCAAUGAGGACCGAGCAGAGGAGGAGGGGGGCAGUGACAGCAGCGGGAGGUAUGACUCUAACUCGUCACCAGAAGAGGCGAGUUCACACAUGAGGAAGGAGAGCUCUGGAGCGAGAGACAGUCUGCGGUCACACAACUCAUUCCUUCCUAAUACAGAGCUAGAUGAGGAUGAAGAAGAUGAGGAUAGUGAUGGAGAUAAUCUACACAGAUAUCAUGAGGACUCGUCUUUUGUGUUGCACGGAAAUUCCAACUGGGGUCUAAAUAAUGGUGCUAGAAACCAUACAAUGUCCCAAGUGUACAUGGACAGUGAUUGGGGGAAUGAAGGGACCAUGCUGAGUGCUGAGAGAGACCGAGAGUGGCUUUCUAACCAGCCUCAUCCCUCAGACUCACUGCAGACUGAAUGCCAGUGCUUUCAUGUGAGCAGCUCUGGCAUCACAGUGAUGGCUUACAGCGAGCAGGAUGCAGACAGACUGAAGGAUAACGUGUCCUGCUGCAUCCACAGCCAACACAAAUGUUCCCCAGAGCUCUUCUCCAACACAGAGUAUGUCAGCGACUCCUCCUGUAACAGCUCUGAUGGCGUCUUGGUUAACUUCUGCACUAUCUAUAACAGGAGCAAUAACCCCGCCACGCCUCAUGACCUCAGCAGUCCCGCAGUUCAUCCCUCUCAGUCAUCUGAGGGAUCUGUGUUCCUCAACCUCCAACCUGUUCCUCAGACUCCAGCCGAGGGUGUCCAACAUGAUGACAUCUCAGUUAACUCUCCCCCUAAAGAGGAGGGUGACACAAUGCCCUCUGCUUCCUGUUGGUCUCCUCAGGGCCUCGACUCAAACUGCAAUCUUUACUCCCUGGAGCCGCUUCCCCCGGGUCUCUCCUCGCUGGAGGUGUCAGACCUGGCCGCCUGUCUCCAAAGCCAGGCCACACUGGCAAUGGGGACAAACCAGAAGUACUACAAGCUUGUAACUUGUGAUCUCUCCUCCCAGUCACCCAGCCCACCCUGGUCGAGCCUCACCAGCUGCCCCGAGGGUCAAAGCAGGAGUAGCCCCUUCCCUCCGUCUGCGCACCUCACUGCUGGUCAUAAGAAGGAAGAGCAACACGAAGAGGAAAAUAAAAUGAAAGAGGAUCAACUGAAGGAAAAGAGGUUGCUCUCUGCACAGUGCAGCACCGGGUUUGACUGCUCUCAGUUUCAGACCUAUGAUUACCAAGUUGCCUCCACCUCCGCUGACAAAGCCCUCUGCAGGAAGAAACAUGCAGACAGCAUCCAAAACCUCUCCCACUCGCCCUGUUCGCUGUGCCCCAGCCAGUGUAGCCCACAUAGCAGUAAAUGCCAAGGCACAAGCGCUGUGUCCACACAGCCAUCUGUGAUUCUGCACCAGGAGCACUGUGAUACUGAUGCCACUGCGAACGGUGCAUGUUCAUUGGAAAAUGCAGUGGUGCGCUACAGUAAGGCCCAGAGACCAACCUCACUGCCCAUCCAGCCCUUUGUUUUGGUCCCUGCUGGUAAACCCCAGACCCAGCACUUGGGCUGUCUUCUGGAGCAAUACAUGAAUCAGAAGAGCAACAAGUCCAGUAGUUCCCAACCAGGCCUCAAGUUCAAGGGUAAAAGCAGCUUUUCUAAUCUUCAGCCAUCACCGAUGGGCAGCCACUGCCCCAUCUUCCUGGAGGCUCCUUCGAGCUCUGACACCUGCUCCACCUGCACGCCGAGUCCAGAGUGCUUCAGCCGCAGACGUGCAUGGAGCCAGUCCAGCAGAAGCCAAGGACGCCUGAGUCCAUGUGCAUCAAAAAGCAGCCUGGGUCCAACCCACCUCAGCCCAAAGCCCAGACUGCUUCAGGAGCAAGACAAAACAAGCCCCUACUUAUGCAAAACUCAGACUUUUUCAAAUCUGAUUUCAGCCCAAAAUCAGUCUAACCUUGUGAAAAUUCCCACCUACCAGGACCUUAUUCGCCUCACCCCUGAGCAGAGCAAAACUGAACCCCAAAAUCCAAAUCAGACCCACACUCCCUACCAUCCAGUGUUCUCUCAUACACCACCCACUUUACUCCUAACCACUGACGCCCAACACCCAAACCUGCAGGUGUCCCUGUCUCCUCCCCCCGCUGUACGACCAGAAAAGAAGCUCCCUCAGCACCGGGCCGCACCUGCAGCUGACUCUGGGUUUUUUCACGGUAGUUUUACAGCUGCCCUCUCCUCAGUAGCUCCUCUCUCGUCUUUGAGUUCUCUGCUUUCAUUGGCUGCUUCUGGGCUGCAAAUCCAGGACUUGGCCGGGCUCAGUGGGAAGCCGAGUCAGAGUCAACACAGUGAAUCUCUGAUCCUGAGUGACAGGCCGCCCACGGAGUUCUGCCUCUCGCCCGAUACGUCUUAUGAGUCCAUGUCUAUCAGCCAUCUUCAGAGGAGAGGCUUGCUGAGAUCUGUGAGCAGAGCGGUGGAUUUGAUCAUGGCUCAUUUUGGCAGCAGCAGAGACCCUGAAGAAAAGAUGCGUCUGGGUAACAGCUCUCGCAGUCCCACGAUUGGCGGUCUGGUGCUGGAGCAUUUGUGUCCUGCCAUCCAGAAUAUUUUAGAGGACGGUCUUCGCGAUCACAAACUGGAUUUUAUUAUCGGGCAGCGCCGCAACCACUCCUGGAGUGUAGUGGAGGUUUCUACUAGGAUCGGUCCGUCCACCAGGGUCCUACACAGCCUGGUCAUUAAAAUAAGACAAUGUCCUCAGCUCACCAGCCACUGCAUGAGACUGAGGGCUUUCAUCAUGGGCCUGCUUAACUUGAGAGCUUUGGAGUUCUGGCUCAGUCACCUUCAGAGUCAAAAAGAUGUGGUGACGACAUACUACCAUUCCUGGGGGUUCCUGUCCAUGUCACUGGGUCAGUGUCAGCCCUUGUUUCAGGAGCUGCUACUUCUGCUGCAGCCACUCUCUGUGUUACCCUUUGACCUCAACUUGCUCCUGGAGCCCCGACUGUUACAUAACAGACAGCUGUGUUCGGAUGAGCAGGGUGUUUCUCCGCCUCCGCCGUGCUCAGCCCUUCUAGUGACCAGCUGGCCACUACUGCAAGCUGACAAAAAGGCAGACAACAGCCAAAGCAGUCAGCAAACUAAGAUUUCACACCAAACAAGUCUGCAUCACCAAGAGUCUCCAAGCUCUCAGAAUUGCAUGAUGCAGGAUUUCGGAGGGAUGCAGACUAACAGGAGUCCAUUGCUCGCUCCAAUUCCAGAGUGGUGGCCGAAAGAGGCUGACCUAAUGGAUGGCGUGGUUGAAGGAGAGGACUGUAGCAAGACUUAUGCAGAUACUUGGUCUCAAAUAAGUAUGGACAGCAGGCAAGAGGAGAGGCGGGAGCAGAAAAACAGUGAGACCCCAGUUGCAUCCAGCUGUGUCCAGGCUGAGAGUCCAUGUCAGGGUGGGCUGCGCUGGGCCAAACUGUUUGGAGCAGCUGACAUGUCCCCCAGGAUGGAGACGGUUUCUCAGAGUCACAUUGGAGCACAAACCAAAAGGUCCAGGCGACCAUCACAGUGGCUGCAUUUCGACAGAUCGCAGCUCGGACUCUUGGCUCAAUCCAUCAGAGCAAUGAAGCUCGGAGGAGCGCAGACAAACAAGGACUGCUGAGAACUGAAUCCUCUGUGGGUGGAAGACAGAGAGGAGCCUAUUUACUGUAAUAACACGAAGUUUUAACUGCAUGAUGAUACAUACACAGUGCUGAACUGAUCAGAAAGCACAUAAAAUACAGGAUUAACAGCUUUCGCAACGGCCCACAUUCAUCAAGCUUUAUUUCGCACCAGCUAUUCAUAUAUCCAUUACUAAAGCCUGAUUUAUGGUAGGGCACUCAACACUUUUAAUGAGUGCCGCUGGACAGAAGUUAAAGAGCUGAGGGACACUUUCGAAUGGCAAAAGCUUUUAAUCGUCU